AUGUUAGCCUUCUACGAAUCACCAAUUUCCCCACUUCCAGUUCCACCUCUUCCUGAUCCACCCGUUGGCCGAUUCCCACCUGAACAUCCAAUUUGGCCACCACCAGGUGCAUCAUCAUCUCCUCAUCAGAUAACUGGACCUGGUCCAAUGAUAACUUCAUCAUCUGAAAUUCAUCAAGUUGCCGUUCGUCCACCAGCGGGUUAUAUUCACCGACGGACAGGAACAGAAAACGGAAAUGGUCAACAGUUUCCCAUGAAAGGUCAAAAACAGUUAAAUCCAUUGAACUCAAUUAAAAGUAAAAUAAUUACCGCAAAGGCAAACAAAUUACCAGUAUCAACUGGUAUUGAAUUAAUUCCCGAAGCAAUUAACACUGUUAAGUUUUAA